AUGCAUCCCAAGAAGGCUAUGGCCAUUGGCAUGCAUGGCAACAUCAACGAGCCCCAAGCCACCCCUGGUUGCCCUUUUCCGCCAAUGGCGGCGCUGACUGCCAAGAUAGGCAUUUUGGUGUGGAUCGAAUUCGUUCAGCCUCAGUACAACCAGACUUUCCCAGACCACUGCUAG